AUGCGCAAAAAAUGCCAAAUCGUCUACGGAGUUCCGCUAACUUGCCUCUUCUUUGUGGUGCUAUGGAAUGAGCGACUGGCAUUUUGGUGGUUGGCAAGGAAUUGGGAGAUUCAUGAGGAGAAUCACGAGGAUUGUGAUCGUAUUCUACUUGUAGCGGACCCCCAAUUAAUUGGCUACCAAAAUGAGCAAUGGGGAUCUUUAGCGAGAUGGGAUAGUGAUCGGUAGGUCAAAUUCUACCAUUUUCAGCGUUUUCAGCGCAAAAAAUGAGCUAGAAAUGUGAAAUUUUGGAAAAUUUCGUAAGCCACGCCCCUUUUUGCACUUUUGCGGCGCACCUUUUCUAUACAACUACAAAAAAUGUGUUUUUCUUGAAAUUCUAGGUACGGUAAAUUGCACUUAAACUUCUCAAAAAUAGAUAUUUUUAAGCCACGCUCCUUUUUUUUGCAAUUUUGCGGCAUGAAUUUUUGAUUUGCAGAUAUCUGGCCACUGGAUUCGCCUACGCCAAAUCCUAUUUCCACCCGAAUUCCCUGAUAUUUUUGGGGGAUUUAUUCGAUGAAGGUGUAGAAGCUGAUGAGGAUGAAUGGUCCGAAACGUAUGAGCGAUUUUUGAGCAUUUUUCCGGUGGAGAAAAAUCAGGUGAGGAGGGAUUUUAUCAUGAAAAACAACUUUAUUUCAAAAUAUGUGUGAAAAAAAAAGACAAAUACUGAAUUUGUAAAAAAAAUCAAAAAAAAAAUUUGGCCACGGAGCGGGAUCGAACCCAUGACCUAAAAAUUAACAGGCGAGCGUGUUAACCACUCGGCCACGCGCUCAUCAAAAUUCUAUCCGCAAAUGUUUGACAUAUGAAACAAUGAAAAAAAGCCAAAAAAAAUACAUAUUUCAAAAUUUUUUGUUCUCAAAACUGCCUCACAUAUUGUUUGAUUUGCUCGAUUUUCGCUGCAAAAUUCUUGAAAAUUUCAGUUUCAGCCAGAACUUUCGCCAACUCCCACUUCAUUUUCGCUUUAUCCAUUGCCGAUUUUGCACGGCUUUUUGCCGAGGCAUUGCUAUCUUGUUUUUCUUCAAAAUUUUUUUCGAGUUUUCUGAAAUUCUUCUCGAGCUUUUGAAUAGAUUCAUCAUUUCCAAUUCUUCCAAGAUUUUCCGCAUUUUCAGUUUCGAUAAUUUGCAGAUUUACUUGUGGAAAAUAGUUAUUGGAGUUUUUGAUGUGGAUAAUCUAAAAUAUUUUACGAUUUAGGGCUCUAGGCUUGGCUACUUGAGGACGAGAAUUUCUAGGCUUGGCUACUUGACAAAUAGGAUCUCUAGGCUUGGCUACUGGACAACUGGGAUCUCUAGGCGCGGUGCCUUGUCAGAGUGAAUGUCUCGGUGCGACUACUUGAAAACUAGGAUCUCUAGGCUUGGCUACUUCUCACCAUAUUCUCACAAAAAAUUUUUUCUCUUUUCCAAAUCCGUCUGACAUUUCUCCAAAUUCUCUUUCAAUUCUUCCAUUUUCUUUUUCUCAUUUUCAUAAUGUCUUUGCGAACUUUCACGCUCCCGCUUUCUUUUUCUCUCCAGUUUUUGCGUUGGGCUCAAAGUUUGCAUAAGCGCUUUGGUAGCUCGAGAUCUUCUCGGUCUUGGAUUCGCAUUAUUUUGAGUUGGCAGCAAUUCUGAAAUUUUUUUGUUUAAAAAAACUUUCAAAAAAAAUUACCCGCUUCCUGUUGUUUUGUAUUCAAACAAUUCUCUGGAGAUUCUGAAAAUUUCACUUUUUUGUAAAAAAAAUCAUUUUCCAAAUCUAAAUAUCUACGAACCUGGAUAAUUUCCGUUAUUAUUUUCGCGCCAAAUUUGAAUGUCCGGGGGAAUUUCGUCUGGAAAAUGCAUUUGCGCUCUAAUGAGAACUGUUUUUGCUGCCUCAUCUUGAUCUCCUGGCAUGAAAUUGUUGUUGUUGUUGGAAUUUUGAGCUGGCUGAUUGGCUGAAACUUUUUGAGAAUUUCCCAAAAUUUUUUUCGAAAUUUCUGACUCACCUUGAUUUUCCGGCACAAAAUUAUUGUCGAAACUUUUUUUCCUCUUCAUCAAUAACUUUCACCCAACCAUCGAUAACUUCCUCAGAAUUCUGACAUCUGACAAAAAAUUUUAUAUUUAAUAUGAGCAAUUAAAUAAAUGUAACUCACGAAUUCUCAUUUUUUCCAAAUAUAUUCGAUAUUACUUCAUCAGAUUCUUGUAAAUCUUCUUCUGCGAUAUCGAAAUCCAUGAAAAUUCUAAAAAUAAUGAUUCUGUGGCUAAAAACUAAAGCGAAUUUGAAUUUUUAAAGCUCAAAAGAGUCGGUAUUUCAUAAUUUUUUGCAAAAAAAACCUCGAAAAAUCAAAAAAAAAAUAUUUUUAAAAUGAGAGAACCUGUCAAAUUUUAAAUGAUAAGAAAAUUAUCAAACUACAUUGAAUUUGACGACAAUUUUCAUUGCAGAACGUGAUCUACAUCGCUGGCGACAAUGAUAUUGGCGGUGAAAUGGAGCCGAUUUCGGCUGCGCGACGCGACAAAUUCGCCCACUAUUUUCGCAACAACAUCACCUAUUUGCAGCGAUUCUAUAGUUUCAGCGAAACUUUUUUAUUCGAUCAUUUGGCUGGAAAUGCUGAAAAAUCGUUGUCUCGCUCGAAAAACGCGAAAAAAUUGGAUAUUUUAUUGACGCAUGUGCCGUAUUUGGAGCAAUUUUAUAAAUUUAACAAUGUGGUGAGUCUGCCCAUUUUUUAUGCAACAAUUUCGCCAGUAGGGAAAAAUAGCCGCGUGGCCGAGUGGUUAGCUUGCGCGCGAAUCGUUUGCACAACCCGGGUUCAAUCCCACGUCGGCGCAAACUUUUUUCUUUUUUUCCAGGGCGCAAACAAGGAUCUGAUUCUCUCAGCUCACGAUCAUACAGUUGGAAUCUACGAAAUUCAACGAAGCGGACCAAAAGCCGUGCUUUUCACCACAAUUUCCGACGCUUCACCGAUUUACCGGAAAACUAUUGGACCCGGAGAGCCGAUUAUCGAGCUAAAGACUCCGACUUGCUCUUACAGGUAAGAAUUUUCAGAUAAAAAAUGCCACGUGGCAAAAAUUCUUGCAGAAUGGGCGUUGCGUCAAUGGGAUACGGUGCUCUCUCGAUUUGCCGUUCGUCUCAGGACCCAUACCGUAGUAUCGAGGUGCAGUUCUCGAUUCUCUGGCUUCCCGCCAGAUUUGCUCAAUUUUUUUUGUACAUUUUUACAUUGCUAUUUUGUUGCGCGUGGAUUUUUGUGCAGAAAAGAUCGCGCGCGAAGAAGUACGCGUGGUUACAGUGA